AUGGGCGAGAAUGAGCACGACGAGAGGCCGACGAAGCAAGUUUUGCGAAGGAGCAGAGAGUCGCUAGACCUUUUGUUGACGCUGUUGAACACACACAAGCCGCAUUUAAAACCGUAUUCGUGCCGGCUGAGCAGCUGGUACGCGCUGCUGAUGGACUACAAUACUGCCGCGGGGACGACGCUACGGCAGCCGCGGACUCUGCGGACGCGGUUCGAGCGGAUCAUGGGUCUUUUCCGGACUGACCGGGCGCUUGUGAACUGUUCGGACCCGGGACUGCUCGCGCGACUCGUAGAGGAGUACAGCAAGCCGUAUCGACUGAUGCGCAAGAGCUCACCAAUAGAACCUGGUGCAGCUGGUGCGAUGCCGAAGUCCAAGUACAAGAUUGUCAAGCAGCGACCAUUACACCAGAACAACAAUGCCGUGGGGGUGCCACAGAUCAAAGUAUAUUCCUCACGAGAGGACUUUACGAACGAUACGCCGUCCUCGUCGUCAAUAUCGCCGCACAUCAAACCUUUGGACACAAUACAGUUGGGGAUGCCCAACGGUGGGCAUCCGUCUUCAGGCAGGGCAGAGCGGGACCCGGGCCAGACGCAGCUUCCCGGCUCUGACCCCAGCCCUGGCCCCAACCCUGUUAGGCGACCUCAACCACCGACACACCCAAUCAACCAUGAGACGUUCAUGUACAUGCGAGCAGAGAACACUCCUGCCGACGACGACCCAGAAGGCGAAGAUGAAGAAGACGGUGACGUCGGCGACCAGCCGAUUGCAAUUGACAUCAUGGGCACGAUGAACGAGACGUACAUGGGUCUCGAGGACGUGCGGUCCCAGUUUCUGGACCUGCGCGCCCACCUGCAGCAGCAAACGAACGCCGUGCAGCACAUCCGCGACGACGUGCGCGACCUCGAGCAGAACUCCGUCGAGGGCCGCACCUCGAUCGUCGAGGACAUCGAGCUGACGCGGGUCUCCCUCGUGGACGAGAUCCAGUCCGUUCGGUCCGCGGUCGCCGAUCUGCGCGCCCAAUUCGAGGAGCACCGAGCUGCAACGCGCAUCGCAGAGUCAGCAACACUCAAGAGACUCGACCGGAUACACGACCUGCUUGUAGAGCACCAGGGAACGGCUCCACCAGGGCCCUCAUCGCGGCGCCCAUCGCCUGGUCAUCGCGCCGCGGACCCAAGUUAG